AUGGCGGUCAUCUCGCGCACGAUAGCCUCGACGAUUUCACGCGUGGCUGGACGGCAGCCAUCUUGGAUUCUCACCUCGCUCUCGCAGCUGCUAGGGUGGAUCUACACGCUUGCGUGGUCGCUGUCGUUCUAUCCACAAGUGAUUCACAACUACACGCACCGUUCCACAGUCGGGCUCUCGACGGAUUUCGUGUUUCUGAAUGCGCUAGGACACACGUCGUAUCUCGUGUAUAACGCUCUGCUCUAUCUGUACGAGCCGGUUCGACGCGCAUAUCGUAAGACGCACUCUGGGAGGGACAACGUCGUGCAAUUCAACGACCUCAUCUUCUCGCUCCACGCAGCAUUGCUUGCUCUGAUCACGCUGGCGCAAUACCUCGUCUACAAGAAGCCAAAUCAACACGUCUCACGAAGCGUUCAGCUUUCGCUGGCAGCUACGUUGACUGUCGUCGUCUUGCUAGCUGGUGCAAGGCGCUUGAAGCUCGUUUCAUGGCUCGACAUUGUGGCUUGUGCUUCGACGAUCAAACUCGGCGUGACGUUGACAAAGUAUCUACCGCAGAUCAAGCUCAACAGGGAUCGACAGAGUACCGAUGGGUUUGCCAUCGAAAACGUUCUCUUGGAUCUUACAGGUGGCGUGCUCAGCUUAGCACAACUGAUCAUCGACGCCGUUUGGAUCCAGCACAGCUGGUCCGACGUCACCGGCGAUUGGGGAAAGCUAGGCUUGGCUCUCUUGAGCAUCGCUUUCGAUAUCAUCCUCACGUGGCAGCAUUAUGCGCUAUACGCCCAUCCACACCUCGAUCACGAGCACCACCACCAUGUCGACCCAGAUCAAGUGCAUUACACCCACCCCGCAUACGCCUCCACAUCCUCCAAUACUACUUCAUCUCCACCGUCCAAUGAUGAAAACGCCACCGAAUCGUCAUCGCUACUCGGAUAG